AUGGCUGCGAUGCAAGAGCGCCAGGAGCAACAGCUCCAGCCAGGCCAAGUGCUGGACAACCGACGAGGCUACAUCCACGGAAACCUGAUCGGAAAGAUGGAAAAGGCGAGGCUGGAGCGAGCAGCCGCAAAGAACGAGAACUACGUGCGAAGAAAAGACGAGAUUGCCCGGAGAAAACGGUUGGGGCUUCCCUUGGACGGGCUGAUCGACGCCAAGAAGCUCCUCAACGGCGGAGGGGGGGGGGGGGAUUACCACGACAGCGCCCUGCCUCCCCUCCCGGAGGAAUGCGGGGCGGACAAGCACCCCGUGGUGGUGCUGCGGAGCGUGUACACGAGGGAGGAGUCGGAAGCCGACCCGCACUUCUUCGACGACCUUGAGGCGGACAUGCUGAUGGAGUGCGUCAAGUUCGGGACGGUCAUCAGCGUGGCCACCCCCGAGGAGCCGGGGUACUUCGGUUGCGUCGUGAUAACGUUCAAGACUAGCGACGGGGCCAACGCGUGUGCCGAGGCAAUGCACGGAAGGUGGUUCGACCAGCGACAAAUCGAAGCUCUCGUGACGGGCAAAGAAGUGCUCGGCAAGGAGGGGGGAGAGAACGGCGGCACGGAGGACAACAGCAGCAGUAGCGGCAACCAGGGCGGGGGGAACGGAAGAGAGGCGGCCGGCGAAAAGCAGGAGGAGGAGGAGGAGGAGGAAACGCCCUUGGGCCCGCUGCUGCAAGGGCCGCCAGACAGCCCUCCACCAACAGACCUGAACAGCUUCUUGGAGUCGGUAUAAAUGAUGUUCUCGCUCGCUACAUUUGAGUUCGGGUAAGGGUUAUACACCCUAAACCUCGUCGUAACAAAAGACCUGAACACCUUGGUGGAGUCGGUGUGAUGAUGUGCUUGCUACAUUUGGGUUAGGGUUACGGUUGGUUACAGUUAAACCCUGCACCUCGUCGUCUUCUGUCUCUCUCUCGGUCUUAGCACGGGUGUGCACAAUCUUGUUGUGGUAUAGUGUUUUGUGUUGACGGCUGCUGCUGCGGCGGCGGC